AAUAAAUAAAUUGACCGAAUUUUUUCAUUCCGAAUUCAACAAAUCAUAUAUAACCAUUUUGCCAUUUUGUUGUUCGAUCAAUCAAUCAAUCGUCGUAAUCGUCAUCGUGUGUGUUUAUGCCAACAAAAAAAACAAACCAUUUUUGCAACUAAAUUGACCAAAAACAAAACAAAAAUGCCCUGUAUUACAUCAAAAAAGACUAGGACUCGUGUUCAACCAAUCAAUGGUCAUCAAUUUGUAGAAACAUCAUUACGACAACCAACAUUUUGUUCAUUUUGUGAUGGUUUUAUUUUCGGUAUUCGUAAACAAGGUCAUCAAUGUCAAAAUUGUCGUAUGGUUGUACAUAAACAUUGUCAUCAAUGGAUAACGAUCAAAUGUUCAAGAAAUCUUCAAUGGUUUGAUCAUUAUUCGGCUUGUGGUAUUAUUGAUAAUCAUCAGCAACGAGCACACCAUUUUCAAACAAAAACAUUUAUCACACCAACCUAUUGUAAUCAUUGUGGUUCAUUAAUUUAUGGUUGUAUUAAUCAAGGUGUACAAUGUGAUGUUUGUCAAAUGCAUAUACAUCAUCGUUGUCGUGAAAAUGUUGGCAAUUAUUGUGGUAUUUUUAGGAUCUGAUUGAAAAAAAACCAAAGCGUGUUUCAUAAACAUAAUUUCCCGUAAUGAAAAUUAGUUCCAUUAUAUUCACAUUCGUUCUGCCAAAAAAAAACAUUCCUAUUUUGUUUCUGAAACACACCUGAUAAUGAAAAAAUGGUUGGUUUAUAUGG